GAUGUCAGUCACUUUUUAAGGCUUUUUUUGUUGGCCGAUGCGAUGUGAGGUUAGAUGAAAAACAACUAGUUGACCAACAAAUUCCAGAACUGUUUUUAAUUCCUUUUUUUCAUCAUGUAAAUUGGCUGCUAACAUGUCGGGCGAGGACACUGUGAACGUUCGUCAAGCCAGAGAGUUUGAAGCCCUGCAGGGCAUCUACAUGAACCAGCUGAAAGACCUCAGGCAAAAACCGGCUUGGAAAACGACAUUUUGCCCGCUGAAUCUGUCCAUUUCGCUCACCCCACAGCUGGGCGCCUCAGACAAUGGCGAGGUUCAUGUUCAGGUGGACCUGCAUGUCAUUUGCUCUUCCUCAUACCCCAGAAAUGAGCCGAUUAUACGGUUAGAAAAUUCGAAGGGUAUCGCUCACACUCUCCUGAAGGAGCUGCAAAAGGACUUGGAAGAAACCGCCACACUCAAUAAAGGCGAAGAAGUCAUUUACAAGCUGUGCGAACAAGUGCGGGAAUUCUUACGCAUCCAUAAUAACCCAGGAAUGAUCAGUUUCUAUCACGAAAUGGAGCAGACCCAGCGACAAAAAGUCCAGGAAAUCGAAUUACAAAAGCAACUGGAAGCCAAUCGACAGAAAGAAAUUUACCUGAAACAAGUGCAAGAGCGUCGAAAAAUGAUUGAAGCUGAGGCGCGAGAUUGGAGACGAUCCAGAGAAAAUUCAGAGAACGCGCCAGACGUUGCCAGGCGCUUAACUGGAGGCUCAAAACCGAGCGAUGAAUUGCCCUGCAAUCAUAAAGCAAUGGUUUCGCUGGACUUUAAUGGCAGGCAGGUGCAUAGAGGACGCUGUAUAAAGCAUAUUGAUACUUCAAGCGUGAUCUAUUCGGCACUGGACGCGAAAACAGGUGAAAUGCUAGAGGUGGCCGAGUGGACCUUAAAACCGAAGAAGCAGGAAGUGAGCCAGUUGAUGAAGAACAUCGCUAGCAUCGAGCAAGAGCUCAAUUAUUAUAUGGCCAAAUUGCGACACCCAAACUUGGUCAACUAUUUGGGCAUGAAGCACGAUUCCGUAGGCGACCAAGUUGUGGUCUAUGUACUUAAGGAGUUUGUUUUAGGUUCAGACUGUUCUUUACUCUUUUUGGGUCAGAACCGCAAAAUCGAUUGGGACUUGUUGAGGCACCUCGCUCAAGACGUUUUGUCAGCUCUCGAUUAUCUUCACCGCAUCAACGUGCCGCACAAGGGCCUCAAAUACACAUGCGUAACCAUCAGUGAAAGAGGCGAAGUGAAACUCUCCAACUAUGGCAUCCACAAACGGCUAUCAGACUUGGUCACAGCAACCCAAAAAAACUAUAGCAAGAAGAGAGACAUUUACGAUUUUGGAAGAAUGAUUUUAUCGCUAUUAGGGCAGAAAGAUGUUCCUGAAGCGAAUGUAGAAAUCCCCACUUCAUUGCCCAGCGACUUGUUCGAGUUUCUAUAUAACUGUUUAAACAAAGACGAUAAAGAGCGAUUCACUGCCAAACAACUGCUGGACCAUUCAUUCCUCCACACGCCCAACAUCUUCGAUGAAUAUCUAGAUCUGCCCGACACGCCCCCACCCGAAAUUAGCGAUCAACCGGUGCCGGUUUCUUCAAACAACAGCCUGCCCUGGAUUCAGCGCGAGUUUUUAAUCUUGAACACUAUCGGUUCUGGUGCGUUCGGGAAAGUUUUAAAGGCUUGGAACAAGCUGGAUCGGCGAUUCUACGCCAUCAAGAAAAUAAAACUGGACCGCAGCAGCAAAGCACUGAACAAGAAGAAAAUUCUGCGCGAAGUCACGCUACUGUCGAAGCUCAAUCACGAGAACAUUGUCCGCUACUUCUAUUCCUGGACCGACACUACGACGAUUAAAGACGAUGCGACGGGCGAUUCUGGUAGCAGUGGGCUUACGACUGCUACUCACGCAUCGGACCCAAAACAGUCCUUAAAAGUGGGCCGGAACAAUGAGUUCACUUCAAAUGGUUGCGUAGAGGAACUGGCCCCCCCAGCGGCAAUAUCGGUAAUAACAUUCAACAGCAAAUCUCAGCCGACUUACGGCGAAUCGUCUGAAGACGAGUCCAGUGAAGAAGAAGAUGAUGAUGAUGAUGAUGAUGAUGAAACGUCGGACAAGCGAUUUAUCGCGGAUUCCGGCUCGGAUAGCAUUAUAUUUGAAGCGGGCUCGGCAGGGAAGUCGCUCUCAUCAAAGCAACCGGAAUCGGUCGACUCCAAGCCACUGGAUAAGUCUCGUGAGUCCGAAGCUCCCAAAGAACACCUAAGACAGAUGGAGUAUCUGUACAUACAGAUGGAAUUUUGUGAAAGAAGCACACUGAGAACGGCUAUUGACGCGGACAUAUAUAAGAACCCGGACAGAGUUUGGAGAUUUUUCCGGGAGAUAGUGGAAGGCCUGGCCUAUAUCCACAUGCAAAACAUCAUUCAUCGAGACUUAAAGCCGGAUAACGUUUUUCUGGACUCUUUUGAUCGUGUUAAAAUUGGGGAUUUUGGUCUGGCGACUUCAAUUGGCAUUAAAAGUAAACCAGAAGUGACGCCUGAAAUUGCGGAAAACCUCGCCGAAAGUUUGAAGGAAGACUUAACUGAAGAGGGCAAGACUGGGAAUGUUGGGACUGCUAUGUAUGCGGCGCCUGAGAUUAAUUCCACUCUUAAAACACUUUACAACGAAAAGGUUGAUAUUUAUAGUUUAGGUAUUAUUUUAUUCGAAAUGUGUCACAAACCGUUCGAAACGAGAAUGGAGCGAAUCGUCGUCCUCAACGCACUCAGAACGAAAGACAUUGUGUUUCCCGAUGGAUUUCCGGAGAGUAAUGAACGAGCGCACACUUUGGUCCGUUUACUUCUCAACCACGACAUUGCGCAACGGCCAUCCUCGCAAGAAUUGUUGCAGUCGAAGCAUAUGCCGCCUCCAGUGCUGGUGGAACAACGAAUGCAGCAAGUAGUGAGAUACACGCUCAGUAACCCUCAAACGAAAGGUUACAGAUACCUCAUCUCCGCAUGUUUUAAGCAGUCUUUGAGCCCGGCACAAGACAUCACUUACGACCGAGGUCCAUCCAUACCCAUAGCGGUGCGAUUGGCGCAUUUGUAUGAUCACGUACGAGCCACUUGCGUCAAAGUUUUUAAACAGCAUGGAGGACAGGAAUUGUCCACUCCACUGCUGAUGCCAAAGUGCAAAUAUAAUGAGAGCGUGGAUUCGUGCGUUAAUCUGAUGGCGCAUUUUGGAAACAUUGUGUCCCUUCCGUAUGACCUUAGAGUGUCAUUUGCUCGAUAUGUGGCCCUGAAUCACAUCAACUGCUUGAGGCGAUACUCCGUAGAGAAGGUUUUCAAGGAGAAGAAGAUGUUCGGUUUCCUGCCCAGGGAGUUUUACGAGGGCGCUUUCGACAUUGUAACAGCCAGUCCAGGUAGUCACAUUGCCGAUGCCGAAAUUCUGUACAUCGCCUAUCAAAUAAUCAGCGAAUUGCCCGGAGAGCGAACGCAGCCGUUUCUGAUCCAACUGAAUCACACGUUGUUGUUCGAGGCGCUUCUGCUGCACUUCGAUCUGAAAGAUAGAGAACAGGAAGUUCUCGACCAAAUGCGAAAACUCAAGAAGAGCCGCGAUUUCAAUUUACUGUUGUCUAACUUCCUCACACAAGCAGGCCUCUCGGAACCGAUGGUCAAUUCGCUUAGUUACUUACUCUGUGCGGAAUUCGAACCCAGCAAGGCCGCCAGCUGCUUGCAAAUGGUCACCAAGAACCGAUCGAAUCGGAAGGCCGCCGAUUUGGCUAAGACGGCGCUGCACGAAUUGAAGAUAAUCGUUGAGUAUGCCGAAUGUUUUGGGGUGAAGUUUGAAUUUCAAAUCGUGCCCGGAUUGAUUUACAACAUCCACCAACAUUCGGGAAUGAUUUUUCAAUGCGUCUACGAGAUCCAGAAGAAGCGGAAUCAGAAAGGCAAAGAAAUAUUAGCGGCCGGCGGCCGUUACGACGCCAUGAUUCAAUAUUACCGAAAUCUUAUGGAACAGAUCAACAUGGCUGGGAAGGAUGUCCAGCAGUCCGCGGUUGGCAUCUCGAUAUCGUUGGACAUUUUGGUGCAUGCGAUUUUGAAACAGGACGUUGAAGAAGUGCCCAUAAGAUCAGACUCCCUGAAUAUCGCAGUUUGCUCAGUGGGCCAGAAGCCCAAUAGUAACUUUAAGGAAAAGAUUAAGGUUGUAAGAAACUUGCAGGAAGCCGGAUGUAGUUUCUCGCUCAUUGAGGCUCCUAACGAAAACGCGCUUGAAUAUCAGCUUUUCGAAUUGAACUUUGCACGUGCCAUAAUUUUCCGGGACGAUAAUCAGAGCAUUGUUAAGGUCCGGUAUUGGGACAAGAGCUCUAAAGGACAAACACGUUUUAAUGAUAAAGAAGUGCCAAUUUCCUCUAUUGUGGAGAGCAUGCAGCGAAUCUUGAGAAUUCGCGUCGAAAACAUUGGCGAAAACGGCCAGCCAUCGGCCACGCUGAUUCGAUCUGAGAGCAAAUCCAGCUACAGUGAGAAAAAUGACUUAGAUGCAGAGAUUGUGUGGAUUACUUCGGAUAAAUUUACCUCGAAUUCGCGCAAGCGAUACGAGAAUCAAGUACGAACUCAGCUUGACAGAGUUUUCCGAAAACUCUCCGGAGUGCCGACUGUGAUCGUCGUAAAUCUCGACUCGAAGUUCGUCAGUGAAUUGUCCUCAUCCGUCGACUUCGAUAGUGAGGAUCAGUUCAACAGAUCUGUGCAAGACUUGACCUCCAAGAGCCAGAAGCACAAACAGUGUGUGAAGGACAUUUGCGACGAAAUUCGGAAGAUUCGCCUGAAAAACGACAGUCCAACAAUUAUAUUGUACGGUCUAGCUGAUAAGUGCUAUAAAGUGAUCAUGUAGGCGCAUUGGCACUUAUUCUCCCACGUGCGAUUCGUAGAUGGUAUUCCCUACCAUUUUGUGGAUGGACUGAAGACAAUUUAAUGCAUUUAUAGUUUGCAUGUUGAGUUAUUCAAUUGUGAAUACUUUUAUUUUAAUAUACAGACAUGCUAUAAGUACAA